AUGGCUUUCUCCGUCGCUAAUUUAGUCAGGAAGGCACCGGCGGCCCCCUCCAAGUUCACCUCCACCAGGAAGCUGCUCGAAAAGUACGCCGAGUACGAUAUCAACACAUCGAACAUGGCUAAAGGUGAGCGCGGGAUCGUGGUAAUCUCCCUCAGUGGCGACGAGCCAAUCUAUGCUACAGUGGAGGAGUACUACACUGGCGAUGGUAACAGGAAGAGCUCGAAGCGAGCUAAAAAGGGCCUCGCUGGUACUGCGAGUCAGUAUCAAGUUGAGCAGACACAGCUCGCGGCUUUGACUGCUGAGGCCCGGAACUCCUUUUUUAAGGGCAAGCUCCCAGUAGUUUGGGAGCUUAGUUCUCUUUUUGGGAAAGAGGAAGAAGUGUCUGACGAAGAAUGUUAUGAGAUGGCGGAGGAAUUUAAGACACCUGAGACCCAGAGUGACGAUAGUCUUGCCCGACAUAAGAUCGCUCGAGCAUCUAACUCAUUUGUCAGGAACGUGGAUAAAGUGUCUGACAUCCAAGGCUACGAGAUGAAGGACCUUGUGGUAGAAGAUAAGGCACAAAAGACCAAGACUGAAGGUGCUUCCGCUCGGAGCGAGCCCGCUCGAGAAUCUGUGGAUCUAUCAACUUUGCCUUUACAUCACCUCAUUCCAGGCCUUGAAUUCCUCCCAGGAAUAGAUUCCUUGAAUCGUAUCGAAGUGGGCAUGGUGCAGGUUGAGUACAGACAAGAGCCGCUACCCCCUGUACAAUCCUAUCUCUACGACGAUGAAAGGGACCUAGAAGAGAUCUACAGUGAAUAUGAAAGCCUUGAAAACUAUGUUUACCCUUCCCUAUUCGCUACUGACGCGCAGAAGCAGGACAGUUCGGACGUCUCAACUCAAUCUUUGAACGAUUCCGACUACGAGACAAGGCCCCAGCUCUACCAUACCUCGCUUUACGGAUCUGAGGAGCGCAAGCACAGCCAAGCAGUCUACUUUUACGAUUCUGCGACAGGUCGCGCUAUUGGCUUCACAGUCAUGAACCUCCUUCUACACCCUCCAGAGCGCGAACGACAACUCCGCCGCGCAGGGGAUGACUGCGAAGACGAGGAUUUGGAGGUCGCUGAGUUCAUCUACGAUCAAACAAACGCUGGUCUUGAGGACUUCGUUAUGUACUUCGACGACAAUCAGCCGGACGGGUUGAACCCUGUUUUGUACGAAGAUGUACAGCGAGACGCCGAGGAAGAAUUAUAUGCGGGGAAUAUCUCCGACGAUGUGCAGCCAAUGAUGUAUAGCAGUUAUUAUGAGCCACCUCGUGGAAGCAAGAGCAUCUACCGCGAGCCACCCGAGCUUCGCGGACCUAUGCGUCGUCCUGUGUGGAAGGCGCUUGACGACACGAUGCUCCAGAUCGCCGAAGUAAUGACUCCACCUGCGCAUUUUGUUAGUUUCUCAUGGUCACAACUUCAGCUGCCUGACUAUGUCCUGGAUGCAGAAGCAGUAUUUGAUGGCGAUGUCUGGCGUAACAACGUCCUGGUAGAGCUGUCAUUUCCCAUCAGUGAGACACAGAGGACACAUCUCCUUAAAGCGGUCGAGACUUCCUCUGCGCUUCCAAACUCUUCUUCAGAUGCCGGUGACGCAGAGUCCUUGAGACCAUGCAACAGUAAGCGUAUCUGCUUCGAGUCCGUCCACGGGUUCGAUGUUACGGCGCAAGCGAUUACUGACUUCACCAUGGACUACGUCUCACAGAUCCGUGAGUGCAACGCUGUUCAUAUGUUGGUAACGCGCGCAAGGAUCAUGAAGGAUCAAGACAGUAAGAUAGUCUUCGGAUUUGGAGAGAAGUCGAUGAACGACAUGGCAUUAUUUGUGCAGGCGCUGUACAAAGCCUCGUCAGCCUCGGCCGCUGGUGCGCAAGACGCAGUCUACAUCCUACGGAUUCUGCUUGAUGUCGUCGUCGAGGUAGCAGGUAGCCUGGAAUAUGGUCAGCAAGAUAUUGAGAUACAGACAUCGGUUGAGCGCAUGUGGGAGACGACUUUUUCUUGCAUGGACGCUAUUGAGAGUGCUCAUGAGGAGAUGUUGACAAAGCCUGGUAUGCAGCUUUUUAAGCAGAAGCUGGCCGACGAAGUAGCAGAAACCGAACGACUUGUGUGGGGCGAUUGGUUGCGCAAUAUGGGAGAUUCGGCCGCGGAGGAAGGAGAAGGUUCGAAGACUCCCUCUGUGAUACAGCAAUUCUCGUGGUCAAGUGCUCUAUGGUGGCACGCGAAGAUUUGCGAGGCGAUUCGGCGCCUUGAUGGGCAUUUGUCGACCUGA